AUGAUGUCAACACUAGAUGAUUAUAAAUUCGUUGCUAAAUUGGGCAACCUCAAGACACUAGUGCAAUUAUUGCGAUCAAUUAAUUUUAAAGAGUGGGCGACGUGUUGCUGCUCCGAAAACGGUGUAAAAGUAACCGUCGAAGACAGCAAAUGUCUCCAAGGAAUUGCUUACAUUCCGAAGAUAAUAUUCCAGGACUACAAUCUUACUGAAGACGUGAUAUUUAAAAUAAAUCUCACUGUUUUAGUUGAGUGUCUUGGGAUGUUUUGGAGCAGCAUUUCAGCUCAAGGAGUCUCUGUUAUGCUCCAGCUCAUGUACAAAGAUGUGGGUCACCCGGUGUCUGUGUUAAUUGAAGAAGAUGGCAUUCUAACAGACUGUUCGUUGAAGACUCUUGAGCCAGAUGAUCUUAUAGACUUUAAUAUAGAGCCGAGCAACGUUCUCAAUAAAGUCAUUUUGAACACUGAAAUACUACGUGACAUCUGGAGUGAAUUGGACCCCACAACCGACGUAGUGGCGCUGUUACUUUCUCCAGAUGCUCCGUAUUUUAGAAUAAGCACCAGCGGUAUUGCAGGAGAAUGUCACAUUGAAAUUCCCCAUGACACUGACUCCAUUGAAAAUUUUCAAUGCAAAGCAGAAGCCACUUUCUGCUAUCAAUACUCGUCAUUAAAGCCAGCGAUGAAAGCCCUCAGUUGCGCAAAUAAAGUAUCAAUAAAAACUGAUAACAGAGGGCUACUGGUAUUUCAAUUCAUGAUUAAAACUGAUGACGGUCACUUGAGUUACAUCGAGUACUAUCUGUCGCCCGUUUUUGAUGCUGAUGAAUGAGCGUAUAAAGUAUCAAGAGUUUGUUUGGUUUUAUCGGGAACAAUAAAAUAAAAACAAGACAAAUUAUUUAUCAAGAUCUUAAUGUAUUCAGACUAGAAGAUACUGUACAUUAAUUGGAUAUUUAUUUAAAUUAAUUAUAUCUCGCUUCAGCAUUACAGAACACAUAACGAUGGAAUCAUUUGUUACAACUCAGCGACUAUGACAAUAUCAAGCUCGGGCCCACUGGCCAUUCUCUCCUUUAAAUAAUUCGUCACUUUUUUAUUUUUUUAAUUAGUUUGCACUUUAUAUCGUCACAAAUGAUUAAUAUCGAUUGAUCCUCCGUGUAAUUUAACUAGUAAAUGACAAUUGUACGUUAAUGUUUAAUAAUUAUUUAAGUUACUCUUAGGCAUAACAAGAACUAUCAAAAGAUAAGUUAUUUACGAUGAGUAAGGUGAUAUGUUCUUGCUACAAUUAAUUCGUCACAGAGUACGUAUUACUUUAGCAAACAAUAAUAACAAAAUAUUUUUUUCUGUAAAGAUUAGAGUUUAUAAUUCUUCUUUUUAUUUUGUUACCUUCAAUAGACAUUAUAUUAAUUUAAGUAAUAUAUAUAAAUAAAAAUAAUCAUUUAUCCAUUUUUA